CUCACGGAGUGACGUCACCAUCCACCCAGCUGAUCAGUAUCAAGUGGUCCGGAGCUCCCAACAACCCAGGGUGCUUUGCGGCGUGAGUCUCGGGUUUGUCAACAAAAGACCCUGGUUCAUUCCAGGGCAUCCUCCAGCCAAGAUUUGAAUAUACCUGUGCCAAGUCUGAGAAAAAGCCGACGAUCAUGGGCUCGGAGUCGACGGAACGGGAGAGGGAGUCGGUGGGGGACCAUGGCGAGUUCGUGGCCAGCUUCGAGUGUUUCUACAACAGUCAGGACCUGAGCGACGUGGUGCUACGGGUGGGGAAGGACAGGUACCACGCGCACAAGUUCAUGCUGGCCCGCCUGAGCGACGUCUUCCGCACGAUGCUGACUGGAGAGCACUGGACGGACUCCUCCAAGGAGGAAAUCCAACUCAAGGAGUCCUGCGAGUGCGAGUCCGUCUUCGGCGACUUCCUGCGCUUUUUCUACUGCGGCCGAGUGAACCUGGACAUCGAGACCACGCUGCCGCUGCUGUUCCUGGCCGACAAGUACGACGUGAAGCCCGUGCGAGAGGUGUGCGACAAGUACAUGACGGGACAGGUCAUGAAGGGGAACGUACGGGCGGCUCUACUUUGGCUCCACUACGCCAAGGUGUACUCCCUGACCGAGCUGGAGACGCAGUGUAUCGAGGUGCUCUCCCUGCGGAUGACCAAGGCGAUGAAGACGCCCGAGUGGUUGAACCUGGACUUGCCGUACGUGAUCGAACUCAUGCAGAACUCGUCGCUAGUCGUGGACGAGGAGUUCGUGCUCUUCCAGGCGCUCCAGGACUGGUUACUGGCGGAGUGCCGGGCGGACAAGGUGGAGGAGUACCUACCGAAGGUGCUGUCGCAGGUGCGGUUCUCGCAGAUGCUGCCGCAACAGCUGUACUCCGUGGAGAAGUCCCGGCUGGGGCGGAGGUUCCCGGACCUGGUGACCGCGCACAUCGGGGAGGCCUACAGGUUCCGCUCGCUGGUGGCCGAGAUAGGCGGCUUCCACGACGACAAGUUCAGGGCCGCGGGACUACGCGUCAAGGUAAGGGUUAAACCGCGGGACUACACGUCUAAGGGAAGGAUUAGGCCACGGGACUACACGUCUAAGGAGUGGUGCACCUUCCUCGGGCUGCAACUGUCAGACAUCCGGAAGUACCCGAACAACGUGAACGCCAUCAGCCUGGACGGGCCCAUCCCCGUGGAGGCCAUGCUGAACGUGGUCCACUGGAACAUGGCGGUCCACCUGUAUGCCGUGUCCGGGGCCAAACCCACCCGAAUCUACCCGGGACCGAACGCCGUGCUACCUUUACAGGUCUCACCCCCGGAGACCGGCGAAUGUCUGUCCAUCAAAGUCACCCCGCUCAAGCUGGCGACGUUUGACAGAGACGUGCAGCUGUCGCUCGUGCUGUACGACAAGGACAUGAACGUAGCGCGCGUCAUUCGGAACAACUUCCUCGUCAAGGGGGUACCGGGGGCCAACAACUUCGGCGGCGCGCAGCCGGGUGGGUUUCGGUUCAGCGGCCCGAUCAUCCCGACGCAGAGUUCCUUCGUGAUCGAGCACAUUUUCGAGCAGAAAGACCUGGGGCAGGACUCUAUGUACAUCAAGGACGGGUUCUUACACAUAGCGAUCAUCAUCAAGCCGCGCCUGGUAGCCGGGGCCGGGUCGUCGGACGCUGCGGAGGCGGCGGGGACAGGCUAGGGACACCGCGGGUCCGUUCACGUGCCAUCGGCGGCGCGCGUUUCCGUCUCGUAUACGGUUGUUGUCAUUUGAAACGGUCGGUGCUGUAUCGCUGAAUAUCCGAGGGUAUCACAACGUUUUUUUUGAUGGACACAAACAUUUAAAAACGUAUAAAACUCACUCACUCAGCACUGCAUGCUCCAGGGAGCGUCGCGCCUCUCCAAGUUGUCUUCCAGAUGGUUCUGUCCUGCGCCCUCUGUCAGGCUGCGGCUACAUAUAAAACGCAACAUUUCAAUUGCAGAGGCACGACAGCAAAGGCA